GCAGGUGAACAUCCGCUCCAUGUGUCCGUACCUGGUUUUCUUCACACUGGAUUCGGAUUGGCUGGAGCUCCAGUGGCUCAUUCGAGGACCUUCAACUCUCCAUCAGAAGAACGUCAGUGACGCGCACUGAGACUGAACAUGAACUCGCCUCAGAGGAGCUGAUUUACCCAUUUAUAUGCACUUAGUGAAGCUCUGAGACACUGCAUUGCACAGAAACGGACAAACUGUGGAUAUUUCAUCUCAAACAGUUGUGUUUGUCGCGCGGCGGAGACUGCUGUCUGUCAUAAGAGUGAGCUCGGAUCUGACGAAGCUUUAAUUCCACGAUCUUUCAUGUCUGUGCUUUGACUCUAUUGAAAACUCGACUUCUAGAGGUUCCUCUGAUCGAUUGCACCUGAUCGGAAUCAGACGGCGGAUUUUUGCCUUGUUCAUAUGAUGGGAAGAAGUGAAAAGACUGCGAGAAGAGAACGCGACGGGUCGGGAUUCUUACAGCAGAUGAUUCCUCUAAUAGUUUUUCUUGUUUUUUCGCUUGUCAACAUUGGUGCGGCUCAAGAUGACGACUAUCUGGGAUUGGGCGAGCUCCCAGAGACCUUCCCUUCCGAUCCACCUGAGCCCCUCCCACACUUCCUGAUGGAGCCAGAAGAGGCGUACAUCGUCAAGAACAAACCUGUCAAUCUCUACUGCAAGGCCACGCCCGCCACGCAGAUCUACUUCAAAUGCAACAGCGAGUGGGUGCAUCAGAAAGAGCACACUGUGGAGGAGCGUGUCGACGAAACCUCCGGUUUGGUGGUUCGUGAGGCGAGUAUCGAGAUCACCCGUCAGCAGGUGGAGGAGCUUUUUGGUUUGGAGGAUUUCUGGUGCCAGUGUGUUGCCUGGAGCUCGGCCGGAACCACCAAGAGCCGCAAGGCCCACGUCCGCAUCGCCUAUCUCAGGAAAACGUUUGACCAGGAGCCACUGGGAAAGGAAGUUUCUCUGGAACAGGAAGUGCUGCUCCAGUGCCGCCCACCUGAAGGAAUACCUGCCGCUGAGGUGGAAUGGCUGAAAAACGAGGAAGUAAUUGAUCCUGCAGAUGACCGAAACUUCUACAUCACCAUCGACCACAAUCUGAUCAUCAAACAAGCUCGUCUGUCUGACACGGCCAACUACACGUGCGUCGCCAAAAACAUCGUAGCCAAACGACGAAGCACCACAGCCACUGUCAUCGUCUACGUGAACGGCGGCUGGUCGACAUGGACAGAGUGGUCAGUGUGUAGCAGUCGCUGUGGGCGGGGCUACCAGAAGAGGACGCGGAGCUGCACCAAUCCAGCCCCUCUGAACGGAGGAGCCAUCUGUGAGGGUCAAGCCAUCCAGAAACUGGCCUGUAACCCCCUGUGUCCAGUUGAUGGACUGUGGACAGAGUGGAGUAAAUGGUCGACAUGUGGGACGGAGUGUACGCACUGGAGAAGAAGAGAAUGCAGCGCACCGGCGCCCAAAAAUGGCGGAAAGGACUGUGAAGGGACCGUACUUCAAUCCAAAAACUGUACAGACGGUCUCUGUAUGCAGAGUUCUUUAUAUCAGAAGUCCUCAGAACCCAAAGACAAGAGCAAUGCUCUGCCUCAUCCAUCGGCCCCGAGCACGGAUGAUGUGGCGCUGUACGUGGGCAUUGUGAUCGCGGUCAUCAUGUGUUUGGUUAUUUCUGUCAUUGUGGCACUCUUCGUCUACCGGAAGAACCACAGAGACUUUGACUCUGACAUCAUGGAUUCGUCGGCGCUCAACGGAGGAUUCCAGCCAGUCAACAUCAAGACGGCUCGGACAGCUGAUCUCCUAACGGCUCCUCCUGAUCUGACGUCAGCUGCCGCCAUGUACAGAGGUCCCGUUUACGCCCUCCAUGACGUGGCUGAUAAAAUCCCCAUGACGAACUCUCCUCUGCUCGACCCGUUGCCCAACCUGAAGAUCAAGGUGUACAACUCGUCCGGUAUGGUCACGCCUCAGGAGGACCUCUCCGACAUCUCAUCCAAAUUUUCGCCCAAACUCUCGCAUGCCCUGAUUGACAGCGACACCAUCAGCCGCCGCACGCAGACGCUGGUGCGCUCGCGGGACCCUUCCUGCACCGCGUUCGGUUCCUUCAACUCUCUCGGAGGACAUCUGAUUGUUCCCAACUCAGGAGUGAGUUUGUUGGUGCCAGCGGGUGCAAUUCCUCAGGGACGCGUCUAUGAGAUGUACGUGACCGUUCACAGGAAGGAGAGCAUGAGGCCUCAGGUUGACGACACAAAGACGGUUCUGAGUCCAGUGGUUAGCUGCGGUCCUCCUGGAGCUCUCCUCACCCGACCCGUCAUCAUCACCAUGCACCACUGUGCCGAGACGGACAGCGAGGACUGGCUCAUACAGCUCAAGAGCCAAUCACAUCAGGGCCAGUGGGAGGAUGUGGUGGUUGUGGGUGAGGAGAACUUCACGACGCCCUGCUACAUUCAGAUGGACGAAGAGGCGUGUCACAUCCUGACGGAGACGCUGGGCACGUACAGUUUAGUGGGUCAGUCUGUGAGCGCCGCCACCACAAAGAGACUCAAACUGGCCAUCUUCGGUCCCGUCAGCUGCACUGUACUGGAGUACAACAUCAGAGUUUACUGUCUCGACGACACGCAGGACGCGCUGAAGGAGGUUCUUCAGAUGGAGAAACAGAUGGGUGGAAAGCUACUGGACGAACCGAAGUCUCUGAACUUUAAGGACAGCACACACAACCUGCGUCUGUCUCUGCACGACGUGCCACACACACACUGGAAGAGCAAACUCCUCGCCAAAUACCAGGAGCUGUCGUUUCAGCAGGUGUGGAGCGGAUCUCAGCGUAAUCUUCACUGUACGUUCACACUGGAGCGUUUCAGUGCCAGUACAGUCGAUCUCUCCUGCAAGCUGUGUGUGAGACAGGUGGAGGGAGAGGGACAGAUAUUCCAGCUCAACACCACCCUGUCUGAGGACUCUCAGUGUAUCGACACAUCUCUUUUGGAUCCAGCCAGUAACAUCACCACACUGGUGGGUCCAAACGCCUUCCGGAUCCCACUGUCCAUCCGACAGAAACUGUGCGGUAGUCUCGACGCUCCUCAAACACGCGGCAACGACUGGAGGAUGUUGGCGCACAAACUCAACCUGGACAGGUAUCUGAACUACUUCGCCACAAAGUCGAGUCCAACCGGUGUCAUUCUGGACCUGUGGGAGGCGCAGCACUUCCCCGACGGAAAUCUCAACCGCCUCGCUGCCGUGCUGGAGGAGAUGGGUCGCCAUGAGAACAUCGUGUCCAUGGCAAUGGAGCACUGACACCUGUCCAGAGCGACGGCCGCAGGAAGUUCCCGGGAAGUGUGAGAGCGUGAGUCACAGGCGGGCGGCCACAAUCGCCUCCAGAGUCACUGUGACAACCGCAGACCUGCUCGAAACGCGCCAACCACUCCUGAUUCCAUUUAAUGUGUAAAACAAAAGCGACUCGAAAGGUGAAAAUCUAUAGAGGAGGAAAUACUGCACUGCUGCCCUGUCUGUACGAUUCCUGGUACAGUUUUUCUAUUUGUCAAAUGAGUUUCUUAGGAAACGCGACUUCUGAUGUCCAAAUUCUGGACCUACAGCCCCCCUCACCCUCUUUUCUGGGACGUCGGAUAAUCAAAACAGGAAGUGGAAGCGGCUUACAGGCAGGGCGAUUGAUCAGACUCAUGUUAGUCUUUAUAAUCUCUCCUCGCGUUUUCCUUUAAAAAUGGAGGUUACAUUUACAUUUAUUCAUUUGGCAGAAACUUUUAUCCAAAGCAAUUAUGGCAAGCCGAAUUAAAUUAAUCGUGCAGAAUGUGAAUGAUAGAUAUCUACAAUUCAAUCUUCACUCGUUACAAUACAAAUUCCUGAUAUUAGCUAUGUUAUUACUUCUCAU